AUGUUGUUAAGGAAACUUGGUGUGACCCACAUUGACACUUUUUUCCAACUUAGGGGGGCAACACCGCACGAUAUCGAAUGUGAUGAUGAGAUGUGUGAGCUUCUUGCAACGCUAAAGUUCUUACGCAGCAACUAUGUGCACUUCAAACUGCCGGAGCAGUGUGUGUAUGAAGCCUUGAGUUUGGCGAACAGAACAGCUGAGAAAGCCAAACCGGGACCUCUUGAACUCACCCUCUUCUUCAAGGAAGCGUGCAGGGUAAAGCGCCUCCACAGCAGCAAGACGUCUUCUGUUCGAGACCUGCUGUACAGCGCCAUUGCAGAGUUCAACAAGCAAACACAUACCAAGGCGUCCAAAAUCAAAGAUGACUUGAAGAAGGUCAUUUAUGGAGUUCUUCGGGCGCCUGAAGAAUUGUUGGAGCUGAUGAAACGCUCUGCAGACCUGUACAAGUGGGAGCAUGGAGCCUGGACCCUCGACAUCUUGGCUGAUGACUUUUAUGUUCCUGGCCAUGUGCUCUCCAGCCAGACUGUUCCUGACGGGUGGUGGCGAAACACCAAGACGAUCACUGCAGAAACCACUUUGCUGUGGGCUACCCGUGCGUAUGCAGACCACUGCAAGAAGGCUCCACCAGACUGCCCAACGAAGCAAAAGAAACUGGCACAACGGGACCUGGCUUCAAUGCGUGAUCUCAUGGAGGUGUGCGCCCUUUGGAUUGGGAUCAAGGAGUCUGUCCACAGCUAUGUCGGCUCUGAAUGCUUCAAGAAGCUUCAGGAUAUGUUUGACAAUGGGACACUCGACGCAGAGCUCCGCGCACAUGCCAAAGCAGUUGAUGAAAGCUUUGAUUGGCAGAAAUUGAGCUUCGUUUUGGAGGCCAAAGGCGUGGCCCAAGAUGAGGAACUCAACAAGGCCCAGUCGAAAAUCAACAACGCAUUGCAAAACUCUUUGCAAGCAGGGUGGUCGCUCUUCGAGACCAAUGUCCAAAAUGAUCAGCUACAACACCGCCGCUACAUCUUGGCCUCCUCCGGCGAUGAGGCAAAGGCGCGAGCAGCAGCAGUUGCAUCCUUGGAGAAGAUGCAUGGAGUAGCCUGGAAGCUUGUGAACAACACAGUGACAGAAAUUUGCCCAACCUGGUGCAAUGCUGCCUCGAACAACAAGAGCACUUCUGUUGGCAGUCCCGAUGGCGACACCGAGACCAGUGGUCUCAUCGAUGCAAAGCUGGCACCAUGGUUGUCGGAGACCCUGAGUGGCUUGAACUCUGGUGUCCGCCGGCCAGAGCAUGAGCUCAUCCUGGGGUAUUUCAAUUUGACGAGUCAAGGCGUACUUUCUACCCACAAGCUGCACUAUAUGCUGAGUCAAGUGACGACCUUGUGCCAUAACAAUCCCAGAUCUUUCGUGGCUGUGAUUGUUCUUCCGAACCGAGCUGGGGAUCCCAGGGCUGGAGUGAAGUCAGAGAUCAAAGCGGAAGAAGGGGAAGAGAAAUCUGAAGAUGAAGAUGGCGUGAAAGGCGGAGAUGGUGGUGGUGAUGAAGAGGACGAAGCCAAUUUGUCUGAUGAUGAUCCGAAGAGUGGGGACCUGUUGCUUCGCGAUUUCACCUACAAAAUUCGUUGCGCCUUCCAGGAGAAUGGCAGGAAUCUAAAGGUGAGGCAAGCGAUUGUCAACUUCGAGCCCAGCAGCGUCUAUGGACAGAGGAAUGCGUUCCAAGAGAUCUUGGUCAUCACUAGCCCAGAGAAGCAGAACCUUUCACACAAGGGCAAGCUGUGGAAGCAAGGGGUGGUUUCUGGUGUGCAGAUGCUGAGCCGCUCCGAAAUGGUCAAGCCACCCCGUGCAAAAUGGGGCGGGGAUCCACGGUUCACCAAGGUCCAGGAGAUGAAACAGUACUGCGGCGGGGAGUCCUUCAUCUCCAAAGUGGUUGAUGGACUCGUUGUUGGAGACCCACCAAUUGUCAUUAUGGACAUGUUUGGUUUCGAUGCAUGGCCUGGCCAGUUCGCGAUUACCCAGUUUGCUCGUGGCAAGAAGUGCGCAUGUGCGACAGUGUGCCAUUCCCAAGCAGAGACGGCUUUUGUCAGCUCCGUGUUGGCCACGAAGGUUUUCUCGAUGGCCCGCUCAGGUGAUUUCCAGAUAGCAGCGUUUCCUGAUUUCCAGGGAGCUCUUGCCCAGAUCAAAGAGUUUCAGAAAAGCCCCCAGCCCUCUUACCAAGUCUGCGUCGCUACUGGAGAUGGCUCCCUUGUUGUGCGUCAGUCGCUGGUGGAAUUCUGGACCAAGAAACACCCGAGCUUCAGUGACCAAACCUUGCGACUUCUUGAGAAGCACAAUGCAGAAUUUAACCUGAAGGGGUUGAAAAGAGGUGCUGAAAGCGAGGAGGGCCAGACUCAGGAAACCAUGGAGAAGGAGGAACCGCAGCUUGCUUUGGGCACAGCAAAGACGAUAGCAGACCUUGAGUCUAGUUACCCAGACGUGGAGAGGCUUGAGCUCCAGUGUGGACACUUCAUGUUGACUUUGUGUGACGACCAAUCCUUGUGGAUUGGGGCUUCUGGGGCCUAUGUGGUGGAGAGCAACACAGAGUUAUUUGGAUUUGGCAGUGGCGAUUUUGUCAAGGGCAGUGAGAGCAAGGACGUCAUGAGCGAUGUCUCUGCGGAUGGGAGGUGGUUGCUCUAUGCGUUUACCAGAGCGCAGCAGCCUGUGAUUUUAGAGAAGACCCGGCAAGCACCAUCCCACUUGGAGUCCCACACCUUUUGGAACCAAGUGAUGAAUCUGAAUGACCUCCUCAAGACUUUGGAGAAUCAUGGGGAGGUGAAUCACAGCCUUGCUGAGCACAAACUUACAAAGGAUGAUGUGGGCAACUUUACUGUGUCCCCUACUGAUUCCGUAUGUUUUGUGCUCGAUGCUGCAAAGCACCGGAAGAAGAAAGCAAAGGUCCAAAGUGCAUUGACCUUCGGAGCCAAGAUGAACUUUGUAAAGAUUCGGUCUUCCCACAACAUCCAGAUUGCUUGGCGUUUGAGGCUUCACUCGGAGAACGGCUCUGCAGGGACACAGCUGGUUCCUGUCCGGCCGUGUGCGAUCACAGCCGGCUCUGUGAGCAUUCAAGCUGGGCAGGUCUUGCAAAUUCUGUGA